AUGUCAUGUGCCUUGCGAACAAUACCACGCUUACGAGCCAGGGCUGGCCCCACAGGCGAACUUUGCAAGUGCGCACGCCCGAGCGACUAUGCCAAAUCAAUCGGAAGCUCCGUUUCCAGUGAUCCCUGGAGGAGAAGUUUCGCUAGCAACACUUCCCUCCUUCGGCCCAGGUUGGGAUCAUCCUACAACUCGCGCUCGAUUGUCUAUGGAGCGUCCAUUCCAUCCGCUGCAUCGACACGAGGCUUUGGAUGGAGCAGCUGGGGUAGCACUGCACAAGUCCAGGAGACAGAUUCCGGGGCCAACCCUGCUGGUGAAGCUUCGAACCUUCGGGCAUCUUCAGCGCCUUCGGACGGCGAAACGCUCACCGCAGCUCCAGCAUUCGACUCCUCAAGCAACGUCUUGGGCGAGGGGUCGCUACAAACUGCCGCUGCAGAUGCUACCUCCUCCAUCUCAUCUCAAACAGUCUUUGGCACUUUGGGCGAAUUGCUGGAUCGCAGCUUACAGCCCGUUGUGGACUUGCUGUGCAACCUGCCCUCCAUCCUGCACCUCGAAUGGAUCUCUCACCCGUACGCAAUAUCCAUUCUGAUCUUCACUUUUGCCCUUAGAACGACUUUCACGCUGCCCAUGACGCUCUGGGCUAGAUCCAGACAGCAAAGAUUGGUGGACAAGGUCUUGCCGGAAUGGAACACUCUGAAGGAGCGCUUGCCGGAUACUGUGAGGCGGGAGUGUAGAGCUCGCGGAGACAGCUUCGAACAAUUUCAGAAAGAAUUCAGAAGACGUUCAAAGAGCGAGCUCAAGACCUUGCUCACAGUGCACCGAUGCGCGCCGAUGCCCUCCAUUCUCGCACCCGUGGCAGUCUCGCUGCCACUCUUCGUGCUGCUCUCCUACAGUCUCCGAUUAGCGCUGCAAACGCCAGCAGGUCUUGCAGGUAUAGGCUCGGAAGUGCUGCCUUGGUGGAAACCUUCGCCAGACCUUGAAGCCUCUUUCAAAGCUUCGGCAGAAAUUCUGAAAGCCAGAGGAUUGGAAGGAGAAGCGCUGCAAGAAAUCACCCAAAGCUACGGUCCCAAACUGACAGAGAUUGAUAGGACGUCGUUUGGCCCUAUCUCUCUAUGCUUCAUGACCCUGGCGAAUGUGGAGUGGAUGCAGUGGCUGAGAAGAAAGACUGGCGGGUGGGGAGUAAGCGCGAACGAGGCCAGCAAUGCUGUGGCACAGACUGGACGAAAGGCUGGGAAACCCGGAGACGCUCCAGCGGUUCAGGAGGAAGAGUCUCUGCGAAUGAAGAUCGUAGGCAAUGCUCUCAGACUUCUAGCAAUCUGCUUCGUCAUCAUCUCGAGCCAGGUGCCCAGUGCCCUGUUGAUAUACUGGCUCUCAUCAGCCUUCUUCACCCUUUGUCAGACCGGAACGCUGGCUGCAAUCGAUCGUAGACGGGCUCGCAACUUGACUCCGGCACCUUCUCCCCCUCCUAUGCCUACUCAGCCAAUGUCACCUCGCUUUAGUGGCACCGCAGAACAGUAUGGCAGGGCUGGCACAGCGCGAAGACGACAGUAA